AUGGGAGGCCACGAGAAGGUGCGUGUUCAUUUACGUGGCGAAGAAUGGAGGCAGAAAGCGGUGUGUGGCAGUGCUGUCUGUGCCCGCAUGUGGAGCGUGGCAUUAGUCAGAGUGUGUACAGCCCUACCAGUCAGACGGGAGAUGGGUUGAGGGAGAUGAAUGGGAGGCAGGUUCACUUUAUUACUGUCACUCUGCUCUCUCCCAGUCUGCCUCAACCUCCCCACUACCACCCAUCCAUUAAUCACAUGUUACUGCCUCCUCCCUCCUCCCCUCUCUCACUGUCUAUUUCUCCUCCCUCCACCUUUCUGCUCCUCCUCCACAGCUCCAGACAGCCAUCUAUCCUUCUAUCAUCCACGCUGAAUCACUUUUUCCCCAAACCUUUUAAACUACUUUUUCUUCCUCACAUACCCAUGGAGUCUUGUCCGUCUGAAGUUUGCCACUUAUUCUUCUGCUCCAUGGGCAAACUCAGACAUUUCAAGUCAGGUAAGUACAGAUUUAAAAAUGGUCUCACUCUUGGUGACUCUUUAAAACCAUUACAGUAAUCAGUUUGGUUAUGUCUGGGCUGAUUUUCUGAGAAAAAGCUGAGUGAAGAGACUAAGAUUUUCUGUUGAAGUUUUGUUUUAACAGCUAAACUCUACAACUACAGCUGGGUAUAACAGCUAUGAACUGGAUUCAGAGCCCUACAGUACACACAGGGCAUGUAGUCCCAAGUGUCACUGAUAUUUUCUUCCUGAUGCACUCAUCAUUGUCCCACCCCGAGCCCACGUUGUGUCUUUCCAAAUGAACUUGAGCUUGUUAAUCCCGAGGGGUGCGAUGGUGUCUGAACAGAGACAGAAGGUGUCUGUGCCUUAAGUCUUAAGUCUGGGCUUCACUCAUAUUUAGAGGAUGCAUUAAUGAGAUAAUUGGAGGACAAAAGAGUUAACAAUGCACAUUCCUCUACUUUUUACACACCAACAGAGACGCACAAAAGUGCUCACACUCAUAAGUUAAAAUCAUACUUUGUGAUUCAGUGAAUUUAAGGAUUAUAAAGGACUAAAGAUCCGGAGACACAAAUAUGUUCUCCUGUAUCCCUUCAUCCCUCAUUGCUAUCUCCUCAUACACUAUCCAGAUGGGCCAAAAGUCCAGACCAAGACCAUCAUCAAGCUCUCCAUCAUGCACACAAAUUUAUGUUACAACAAACAUGCUCACACACAACUGAAAUAUACUUUUCAACAUCAGUAACACUUAAUUUAAAUUCCUCAGACAUUAAGAAACUAAACAAUAUCCAUUGUGGAAACACUACAAAAUACAGUCAUUUAAACCAGUAGCACCAUCAGAGAUUGUAAGCCAACCUUUCUUUGAUGGUUAAACAGAAGAUCCUGUUCAGUACUGUCAGCAAACUGUCAGCAUAGUCUUGUGCAUAAAUGUACAUCUGUGUAUUCGUCUCUGCUGUGUAGAGGAUUUGUUUCAGUGAAUUUAACAUCAAUCCAAGCACUGACAUUCCUCACACAGUGACCUGUAUGUUUCUGCAUUUUCAGUUCAGUAUAACGAGAAGAAAGGUCUUCAUGUAAAGAGGCUAAAACCUGCUGCGCAAAUAGUAAUAUAAAAGAUGUACAGGCAUUUAAUAUGAAUCCCAAAACACACCUUUGAAUAAUCCAAGGAUUCAAGCCAACCUCACCCACCGAUUACCGCCAAAUUUCCAUCGAUUACCCACCAAAAGCAGUAGGACACUCCCUGAUCUACUUUGUGCCAUGUGUGCUAAAAAAUCAAUUUUAAUCCUUUAACUGGGACACCUCACUUCACGGCCCUUUAAGGUGUAAAGAGUCAAACAGAAAGUGUUUUAAUGGUACUGAAACAUUUUUUGGCACACAGGAGCACAGGUCCAGACAUGGAGGCUGUGACAGGUAACGGUGAACCAGUGUGCCUACGGUCACCUUUGUGUGCUUACUAUUGAGGGUUCACAAAGUUUGGUCAGUCUCACAUCACAAUUAAUCAUUUAUAAAAGAAAAUCUAAGUUUCGGCCUUAUUAAUAAUCAGUUAUCGAUUGUAAGUUAAUCCAAAGAUCACCCACUUAAAAUACUCCUACUCUGUUACUUCAGAUUUUAGUGAAGUCUUUAAAAUCUUUUCAGUCAGCAUUUUGUAUGUGAAACUUGUUCUGAGUUAGCUUUACAGUAGAUAUCUUCCUCGCCUUUUAAUUGACCUGAGUUUGAACUUGCACAGAUGAGGUUUUCAGGCCUGUGGUCCAUAAACUUGCAGACUGUUGGAGAUGCUCAGUACAGAUGAGCGUGGAGCAGAUUUACCCCUGCAGUGAUGCCACCAGCUCUCCCUCUGUCCCAGCAGCUAUCAGCCUCUCUGCAGCUCCCUGGGGCAGCACGUCAGACAGUACUGCUGUGUUGAUGCUUUUGCAACACACUGUAUAUAUAUAUUUAUAUAUAGCCAGCUAGCUGUGGCUCUCUGGGGUACCUGGAUGAGCUGUGAGCUACGUGGAUACCCGGGCUGAGGGGGAGGAGGAAGGGGAGGGAGGAGAGGCCCCCAUAGGCCGGCUGUGCCGCCGCUCCCCCGGAUCCUCUCGGCUAAUGGGUCGGCAGGGAUUUGGGGAGGGGGGUGGAGGUGGACAGAGACGGAUGGCUCCUGACAAACUCACACUGACAGCCAGUGAAUACAGGGCAGCCUAGCAGAAAGGUCAGAGCAGGGAUGGAUAAAGGACCGCUUGACUUUCAAAGUUUCACCCUGCUUGGUGCCACCGCUCUGUCAGCGCAGAGAGAAAAGUGUUUACGGCUCGUCAGUUGGUUUUUCUGUCAAGUUAGCCCGGCCUCUUCGCUAACUGCCUCUUCUUUAGUGUCACAUUCCUACAAACAUUUACAUCCACCCUGUGCAGCACACAAACAGAUUUGUAUUCAACGGCGAGGAUACCAUGAUGAAUUUUCAAGAUGACUGCUUCCUUAAAUAGUCAAAUUCCAGGUGCAGAGCAUGUAUGCAUCAGACCUGACAUUCCCGUUAAGUCCUUGGUAAGCUGUGUACCGUCAAGGAGAAAGAAUCAAACCCUCUCUAAAUGAACUAAUCUGGCGUUCGCCCCAGAGGCUCAGUAACUGUGUGUCUGUGUUUGUGCGUAGGUGAUGUGUUUAUUGACUCCAGUAGAGGAGUGGAUAAGAGGAGAGCCUCUGACUGAAGAACACUGAUCCAGUCAGAUGUCACAGGCCCUCAGAACUGCCUCUAAUGGGGCCCCGGGGACUCUCUAUCUCUCUCUCACACUCGUCCUCUCCCUCCGUCCUCCUCACCAGCUCUCUAAAGCCAAACUCUAUGUCUCUCUGCCCCCAGAAUCCUUCUUCAAUCACACUCUGUUUCUACUCUCACAUGCAAAUAUCAGACUGAUAAGUCCCCCAUGAUAUGCAAUAUCGGAUGUAAAGAGUACUACCAAGACAACAGUCUAUGUGCUACAUGUAUAAAAGUGGUGAAAUGCUCAUAAAGGUGGAGUAUUAUGAAGUAAGUUUGAUAGGGUGACCAUAUUCUGACUCCCCAAAAAGAGGACACGGCUACACGGGGCAGAGUCACGGAGUCACACAAAGUUAAUUUUGAGAGUUUUUCGUGUCGGAUUGAGUGUUUUUACGUGCUUAUAACGGCUAAAUUUCCACAGGAUAUGGAACGGCCGUGCUCUGAUCUGGAAUGGCAGCCUGAUCAAAUACGGAAGCAUUAUUAUCAAUUUGUGUGAUUCCAGGCAAUCCUUCAACAAUAUUGUUUGUUGAUUUUGAAGUCGCUGUUUUGCUGUUAAUAGUUAUGCUGGUGCUUCCUUCUGCUUUUCUUCAGCAGUAUGAGCCUGAAAAAGAAACUGAAUUUGUUGUGAUUGAUAUUUUAAAUGAUCAGAUCUCCAUUUUGCUACAAUUACAACGCAGUGAUGAAGAUUACUGUAAAGUAAAAAGCCACAUUUUGCAGGUUUUUCAACAAGAGGAGGGGGAAACUUUGGAAGUGUUUGUUGAAUUGAGGUCAUAUCCACCGCUUCUGAUGCAUUCACAGAGGUCUGGGAACUUAAACACUGAAAAGAAUGAGUAUCAAACAGAUUUGUUGCCCAAGUUUCUAUUUUUGACUUUGAACAGAUGGUUAGCUGACCUUGCAUUCAAAAAUCUUUUUUCAGAGAGGGAUGAACCGUAUUCAAGUUACUGCAGGAGUUUUGGAUGUCAUUCCAGUGGAUUGUGUUCUGUUUGCUUUUGCUCUCCAUACUUACAUACUUCUCCUGCAGACUCCAAAGCCUGCUGAUACCUGACAGUUCAGACUUCAACAGGAAGCCAGACCCCCAAUAUGGUCUCCACAUUUUUAUUAAUAGUCCUUAUAAAGAGCUUUCAUUCAGAACAAAAAGUCUUCAUCGCCGUUGUUGACCUUGAGAAAAGCGUAUAGGCAGAUUUGGUCAGCUAACUAUCUGCUGACUGUGGCUUUAUAUUUGACAGACAGACUGAAAGGAGAUGAAUCAGCUAUCUCAUCCAAAUGAUGCCAAGAAAACAAAUGUUUUUAGCUCUCAAUCAAACUUAUUUCAUGUUUCGUGAACAACAACAAUUAUUUUCUCCAUUAACUCAUUUAAGUUUCUCCGUCAUUGUUCAGUUACCAUCUGAAAUCUCUUUUGUGCAACAAUAGAUGCAACUUGGUUAUUUUGAAGGUUUUGACAUUAUUUCACUUUUCCAGGAAAAGCACUGACGUGUCGAAACAGUAUGGGUCCAAAACAAGAAUGAGAAUAACUUCCUGACUUCUGCGGUCAAAGACAGCUCUCAUGUCGCUCUGAUUACAAGCGCAACUGUCCACACUUAACCACAUCUGAUUUGUCUACUUAGCGUGAGCCUCAUCAUGUGAGAUCAGCGAGGACACUACUCGUCAACGGGCCACAGGAACCAGAAGGGACAGUUCCCGGCAGGACGUCCACUCCUCCCACCGCUCUCAGAAGGCCAUACUUCAGCCAUGUGUCCAUCAUCACCGUUGGGAGGCGUCCAUUUUUCAGUCCUCACGUCCUUAUUCUGAGGCACCCCUGUCUCUUUGACGAGUCGUGUGACCUUUUCCCCACGUCAGGUGUCGUGCUCGGUUACGUCAGCGUGGCGGCCGAGUGUCAGAAUGUGGUCCUGCUUGUGUCUGUUGACUCUCUUAAUGGUUUGACCCAAAGAGCACAGCUUUGGAGUGAAACAGGGCCUGAUGUGAGGUGA